AUGAUAUUUUCUUACAAGGCUUUAAUACUUGCCGUCUUCCCUUUGGCGACCUCCGUCAUCGGGGCAACCCUCCCUUUAGAGUCCCGCCAGACGUGCACACUGACCUGCGGCAAUGUUGCAGAUUCUCUGCCGUUCAUCCAGUCCUUCUCUCAAUCAGGAUCGGACCACUUCUACACCACCAGUACCACUGAGAAUGCCCAGUUUGCUGCUAAGGGUUACGCCCCCCAAGGGGUUGCAGGACGCAUCUUCCCUACUCAAGAGCCUGGAACUGUCCCAUUUUUCCGUCUCUUCAACGCAGGUUGGAUUGACCACACAUACACUGCCAACCAGCAAUUGCGUUCUGCAGAGAUCAACAUCACCAAGCCACCCUACGCCGAUGAUACCAUUGCAGGAUAUGUCUACCUCGAUGGAUCGUGCCCGGGGACCAUUCCUCUGUUUUGGGCAUUCAGCACGUCGAUCACCGACUCUUUCUUUACGACUGAUUUGGCGGAAUACGAUUCGGCUAUCAGUAGCGGUGUUUACAACGGACAGGGUAUCGCAGCAUACAUAUACCCAGCUGCUUGA